UUUACCACUGGGUGGCAAAGCGAAAGUCAUUUAAUUAUUUCAUCUAUAGCGAACGUAUUAAGUACUGAAUCUACAAGUGUAUUAACUAUUUUUGAUAGAUAAGACUAAACAGUCCAAGUGUUCCAGUGUUCCUGAAAAAGUUAUAAUAGCUCUAUAAACAAAUUUUAAUAUUACUUAAAAUUAGGUCAGCUUAAACAAUUCUUAAGGCCGAUUUAAAGACCCAAAUCUGGUACAAGCGCAUGCAAAGUGAGCUUUUCAAACCUGCCUGUAAGAUUAUAGAAAUAUCCGCGUGCUUGUGAAAUAAAUAUUUUUAGCAUGAACUAUUUACUUGGUUUAUGCUAACCAUUGAAUGGUAACUGAUUUGCACGUAUUAUUCACUACAAUUAUCUCUCUAAACGUAGGCAAUACACAAGAAUAUAGUUAUCAUUAUUAGAACGAAUUUGAAAACAAGGUCUUUGGUACGCCAACACCGAUUGAUUGGAAUUGCCAUGUAUAAAGUACAACUGCUCAAUUAAAUAUUCAAUUUCAUAUUCCAAAUUCAGCGGGACGGAAAAUAAGAAUUUCAAAUAGUAAUUGUUAGGGACAUCAAGCCUUUGUGUGCUCCGCUGAAAAUGUGCUCACCUAAUAGGUCGUUUGGCUUUGUACACUCGAAUCGUAUAGGAAAAGCUUAUGUUGCUUGGUGGUCAACUAUCAUAUCUGAUCAGAGACAAUUUCGAACUGUUUUGCUAGUCGAUCGUAGGAGACGGGCUAGGUCGAUAAUAACAGCGAGGAUUCCUUUUAGGCAAUUAAGCAAUCAUAUAGAAACACUCACAAUUGCUUCCGUAACCCCAGUCAACACUGGGGAUUCCUUACCACGCGAUCCAACCUCCGCCAAUUCAUCUAUAACCGCUGAAGAAGAACAUUCUUCUCAACCACCAACUGCAGAACCCGUACAAGACCCGUUGCAAGCAGCAUCAAGCUCAUCACAGUUACAAAGGGCAGAUGAACACAAACAAGACGCAAGUAGACCAGCAUUGCAUGAUAGUGAGGAAAACGAUAUCAUUGAGACAAUGGAUGCCGAUGCACAGAACGAUUUAAGACAAAGGCGAAUAGCUCAUUUCGAAGGAAACGUGCCAUCUAAUGCUGAUCAGGUAGCCCAGUCAAUUCCUAAUAGAGGAUGUGAAGCCAAUAAUAAGGAUUCACAGAGCUCUGAUAUAGAAAAGAAAGACAUCGUUCAACCAACUGGAAAUAAUAAAUCUUCUGAUACUAUCACUAUCAAAUUAAAAUAUAUCAAUGAUGAUAUAAAAACUGUAGAUGGCAGACUGGAGGAACCUUUAGGCGAUUUCAAAAGGAGGCACUUCGAGGAGGAAAUGCAUUCAAAUAAAGAAAUAAAACUAAUCUUUAAUGGACACGUUUUGAAGCAGGAUCGUCAUACUCUUAAGUGUUGCGGUCUCUUUGAUAAUUGCGUGGUGCACUGUUUGGUUCAUCAAAAGAGACCUUCGAAUAAUAACAGCAUGCAAUCUGAAGAAAAUCUCGAUGAUAUAACACCUCCAUUUUUAAUGACGGAUCCUUUGCCACAUAUAAUAAAUGGUAAUAAUAAUAAUCAGGGAAUAGAUUGGGAUUUGGGCAACGCCUUGUUUGCUAUCGUCAGCUUUGUUUUAUUGGCAGCUUGGUACUUCAGAUAUGUUUAUGCACAACUUUAUACUGUAACAGCAACUGUUGGAUUGAUUAUUGUCACAGGUGUGUUUACGAUCGUAUUAGUCGGUGCUUACUUGCCGAAUGAUGAAUACGACACACCAGACACGAAUUUGCGAAUACGACUCACUAGAACGGAAAGAGUAGAAGUGCAGCAAUAAUGGAAUCUUGUGCAAUGUAUCACGAUCACCAUAAUAAUACAAAAAAUGCUUAAACGAA